AUGGCCGCCGCCGAGAGAGAGGAUCCCAAGCCGGAGGCGGCGAUCGAUUGCUUUGGCCUUCAUCCGCGUCAAGCCCAUUCUUCGCCGCGCUCUACGUUCUCUUUUCACGUCCCCUCGGAGCACGACCCAACAAGCGCCGCUCUGAUUGGCCGGCCCAGUCCGAAGCCGAUGCCGAUUGGCUGCGAGAGGGGGCCUGCCCAUUUCCCCCCUUUCCGGCCCCUCUUGAGGCCCAGGGGAGGCCCGCACUGGUGCCCGAAACGAAGGCCGGGCUUAAAAGGAUCCAUUCUUGCCAUCAUAUACUUCAGGGGAGGCGCCAGUUCGGCCCAGGGGACUUCCGGUCACGUCGAAGGCCACAGAGUCCCACCUGCCAGAAGUGGCCACCGCUGUGUAGCAGACAGUGCAAACCUGUACGUGUUUGGAGGCUAUAACCCUGAUUCAGAUGAGUCUGGAAGGACAGAAAAUCAAGAAUUCCCCCUCUUCAGAGAGCUGUGGCGAUACAACUUUGCAACAGGCAUCUGGCAUCAAAUGGGCACGGAGGGUUACAUGCCCCGAGAGCUGGCAUCUAUGUCACUUGUGUUGCAUGGGAAUAACCUUCUGGUCUUUGGCGGUACCAGCAUUCCAUUUGGCGAGAGCAAUGGCAACGACGUCCAUGUCUGCAACGUGAAGUACAAGCGCUGGGCCCUGUUCAGUUGCCGAGGGAAGAAGCCCAAUCGCGUCUAUGGUCAGGCGAUGGCAAUCAUUAAUGGAUCCUUGUAUGUAUUUGGAGGCACGACAGGCUACGUUUACAGCACAGACCUGCACAAGCUGGACUUGAACACCAGGGAGUGGACCCAGUUGAAGCCCAACGACAUACACUGUGGUAUGCCGGAGGAAAGGUACAGACAUGAGAUCGCACACGAUGGACAGAAGAUUUACAUUUUGGGAGGUGGAACGUCUUGGACAGCCUAUUCGUUGGACAAGAUCCACGCCUACAACCUGGAAACUAACACAUGGGAGGAAAUCACGACAAAGCCUUACAAGAAAAAAGAAUUCCCAGCCGCCAGGAGAUGUCACAGUUGUGUCCAGAUAAAAAACGAUGUCUUUGUUUGCGGAGGAUACAACGGAGAAGUGAUUCUGGGAGACGUCUGGAAACUGAACCUCCAGACAUUCCAGUGGGUGAAGCUCCCGGCUGUCAUGCCUGAGCCCGUGUACUUCCACUGCGCCGCCGUGACUCCGGCCGGCUGCAUGUACGUCCACGGAGGCGUGGUGGACAUCCAUAUGAACAGGCGGACGGGCUCUCUCUUCAAGAUGUGGCUGGUAGUGCCCAGCCUCUUGGAACUGUCUUGGGAGAAGCUGCUGGAAUUUUUCCCUCAUUUAGCAAACCUCAGCCAAUCUCAGCUUUUGCACCUUGGACUCACACAGGGACUCAUUGAACGCUUGAAAUGAGGGCCUCCUGCUCUCCAAAUGCUAAUUUAAGGUGUGACUCCCUUAACCCCCCCCCGCCUCCUAUCUCUCCCUCCUCUCUCUCUUCCCCCCUCUCUAUUUAUAAGUUCUGCAGAGGAUGAUGCUAAGAGAGAGGAAAAGCCCCACUCCAAAGCCUUAUUCGGCAAAAUACGUCAAGAUGCCUUUCUCGUGAAAUUUUUAUUUUAAAAGUUUAUGGAAGUCAGUUCUUCUUUUUAAUUUAUGGAUAUCUAUAAAUGCAUCAUGAAUCAAAGAUGCUGUCGCUGAACUCAUUCGCACGGGGUUUUGCUGCAUGCCGGUGGUCUCGGAAGGGAAGGAGGGGGGAACGCGGUGAUCGGUCUUCCAACUUGGAGGCAUCUUGUCCCCGUUCGGCUAAAGAAGGCUUCAUGGGACCGAAUUCCCUUCCUCCGUUCCAGUGGCCUGUUUCGGAGGGCCAGGCUGGCCCGUCCUGGAUUCCCAGAAGGGUUCCUCCCAUCACCCUCGCUAUUGCUGCCUCCACAUCCACAGCUUCAGCCACCAAACCAGCCCCCCCCAGCUGCCGACCUGUUCUCUCGCAGGAGGACAUCUCCGGAAAAGAGGGCUGCCGGGUUUUGGUGCGUCCCGAAGGAGGUGUUGUCUUUUUCAUAUUGAAAUAUCCGACCAAAGGCUCGGUUUAAAAUCGGACUCCGCAGAACGGUCUGUUCUGAAGUGUGGCGAGAGAGAAUGGGGGUCCAACCCUUGUUCCUCCUCGCGUCCAGCACCAGAAAAGUCAGUGGAGAGAGAGAGAGAGAACUGGGAAUGUUAUAAAAGUCUUUCUUUUUUCUUUCGUGGGGGUAGUCUGUUGCUUGUGUGAAUUUGGACACUCAUUCUCGGCACCGUAGGUGUAUCAGCUGUUGUUUUUUUCUUCUAUCUCCUGAUCAUCCCCAUUGGCCUCAGCCGCCUUGCUUUCACUCCGAAGGCCUUUCCCCCCCCCCAACACCUUGUUUCCGGGGGGUCGACUCUCCUCACCUCCAUGCCGGCCACGUAUCCCCAGGAAAUGCCAAAUCCACAGCGGUGCGUCCUUUUGCCUUCUUGCGCGUGGGUGAAAUGCUCAAUGUUUUGCCAUGAAGAUACAGACCGUGUCUUUUUU